AUGGCGGCGGAGGGAGAGGACCCGCUGGGCUAUUUCGCGGCCUACGGCAGCUCCAGCUCCGACUCGGAGGCCGACGAGCCCCAGCCCGACGAGCGCCAGGCGGGGGGCGGCGCGGCGGCGGGGGGCAGCCCGGGGCGGCGGCCGCGGCUGCCGCCGCCCGACGAGCUCUUCCGUAGGGUGUCGCAGCCGCCCGCCUUCCUCUACAACCCGCUCAACAAGCAGAUCGACUGGGAGAGCCGCGUCCUGCGGGCGCCCGAGGAGCCCCCCAAGGAGUUCAAGGUGUGGAAGAGCAACGCCGUGCCGCCGCCGGAGACCUACAGCCCGCCCGAGAAGAAGCCCCCGCCGCCCCCUGCCCUCGACAUGGCCAUAAAGUGGUCCAACAUCUACGAGGACAACGGCGAGGACGCGCCCCGGCAGGCCGGCACAGCCAGGUUUCUGCCGGAUGAGGAGCGGGAGCCCCUGGACUCGGAUGGUGAAAAAGAUGAUGAACCAGCUUCCACUAAGAAACGUAAACUAGACUCUGGGGAGCAGACAAAGAAGAAGAAGUUAUAAGCAGGGCCUGCUGGAUUUAGCCAUAAUGAAAAUUUCAGUGAACUUGGAUUCCUCUGCUGGAAUGGGAAACAAAUACAUGUUUACCGAAUUUCUCUCUCCUGUCGGGUAGGGAAUUUUCUUUCUGUAGUAUGCUUGCCUUUUGGAAAGCACAAAAUUAAAUGGACAGUGUAAUGAUAGAAACUCAUCUACUGAACAAAAUUUAAACCUGUUUAUUUACAAGAGGAAGUUAGAAGAGGGAUCCAUUGUGAUGGAUGCUUGUGCUCAUGCAGGUUACAGGACUUCAUGGUAUUUUGUUUAUCAAGAAACCUGGUAACGUGAGCUUUUCUGGACUGACUUUUCCAUUGUGUCAAAACCUUUUAUAAAGGAGUAUAUACUAAAGAUUCUUUAAGUACUGUCCUGUGAUAUGUUUGCAUAAUGUUGUUUUGAAAUGUAUGUAAAGACUGCAAAUAGGUCACUGGAAUAAAUCUACAUUUGAAAACAUGUGCGGUAUAAAUAUUGCAUUGCAUGCUUGGUGAAUGGGGGGGAUGAAUUCUGUACUGUAUGCAUUUCAGUGAUG